AUGUCCUCUCCUGUCCAAUCCAAAAUCCUCCGCAAAAUUCUCAAUGCUUCCUACUUUGUUACAAAUAAAAUCAUUCAUAACGACCUUGAUGUUUCAGAUCUGGCCCAAUCCAGAUACCUAUUCUUCCAUAAUAAACUUCAGAUUCAUCUCAACCCUCUCUUUUCUAACCUUGCUUCCUCUUCAAUUCCUGAUAAUCCUCCGAGGCGUCUGAAAAGAAGAUGGCCCCGUAAGGAGAUCGUGGAUAUCGUUUUGGACAGGAUCAGGAAACUGGCCGACCAAUGUACAGGCCUCCAAGGAUUCCUCGUUUUCCAUUCCUUCGGUGGAGGUACUGGUUCUGGAUUCACAUCCCUUCUGAUGGAACGUCUCUCCGUGGAUUACGGAAAGAAGAGCAAGCUGGAAUUCUCCAUCUACCCUGCCCCUCAGCAAUUAAAAGACCCUGUUGGCUCGAGUUUCAACUGCCGUCGUGGAACCCUACAACUCCAUCCUGACGACGCACACAACCCUGGAGCAUUCCGACUGCGCCUUCAUGGUCGACAACGAAGCUAUCUACGACAUCUGCAGAAGAAACCUGGACAUCGAGAGACCCACCUACACCAAUCUCAACAGGUUGAUCGGUCAGAUCGUAUCCUCAAUCACAGCAUCGCUCAGAUUUGACGGCGCCUUAAAUGUGGAUCUAACAGAGUUCCAGACGAACCUGGUGCCCUACCCCAGGAUCCACUUCCCAUUGGCCACCUACGCACCUGUCAUCUCGGCCGAGAAGGCGUACCACGAACAGAUGACCGUCGCUGAGAUCACCAACGCUUGCUUCGAGCCUGCAAACCAGAUGGUCAAGUGCGACCCCAGGCACGGCAAGUACAUGGCCUGCUGUAUGCUUUACAGAGGUGACGUCGUGCCCAAGGAUGUUAACGCAGCAAUUGCCACUAUCAAAACAAAGCGUUCCAUUCAGUUCGUGGAUUGGUGCCCCACUGGAUUCAAGGUCGGCAUCAAUUACCAGCCUCCAACUGUGGUACCAGGUGGUGACUUGGCCAAGGUACAGCGAGCUGUCUGCAUGCUCUCCAACACCACGGCGAUAGCCGAAGCCUGGGCUAGGCUGGACCACAAGUUCGAUCUCAUGUAUGCCAAGAGGGCUUUCGUCCACUGGUACGUAGGUGAAGGUAUGGAAGAAGGUGAGUUCUCGGAGGCUCGUGAAGAUUUGGCCGCCCUUGAGAAGGACUACGAAGAAGUGGCCGUAGACUCGACUGAAGGGGAAGGAGAUGAAGGCGACGAAUACUAAAAUGUCUUAAAAUACCAUUCAGCUCCCGCUGACUAACGACACUUUGCACCCAUUAAGUUGUGUCUAUUUUCUAUUCUUAUUUUGUUUAUCUUAUCUCAACAUAUAACAUCGAAAAACGUGUGUUACAUGGGUCCAAGUUUAGAAUUAUUAUUAGUUUUACAUUUUAAUCAUAUAUUUUAGGUAAAAAACUUAAGGAUACUUAUGAAACAUAUGCUUAUUAAUGUAAUAUUUAAGGUAGUUACUUUUUAAUAGUUUAGGUGUAGCGUUCUUUUUUUUUUCAAACUUUUUAUAUAUAUUAGCGUCUACCAAUAUUUGUAAUAAUGAUAAGAAAACAUACUUUAUUUCAUUGGUGUUUUAUGUUCCUAGCCAGUGCGUUUGAUUUACAUCAAACUUUUGAGUCUUGUAAAGCCCAUAAGAAAGUGAAUAAGCAGAAUUAAAAAAAAAAAUAAACUUACAUAAUUUGAAAUGUAUUUUUAAGCAUUAUAAUGAGAUAUAUAUGUUCUCUUGAAUGCAAUAUUUGUUAUGCUAAAAAUUUAGUUAUGAUAUAAUAUUAAUCAUCAUAUUUUUGAUACUUUAUAAAAUAGUCUAAUUCAUAGAGUUGUAGAUUUUUUUUUAAAUCACAGCAACUAUAAUAAUUCACCGAUACCAAUGUAACAGUUAACAAGCUUUUGUUUGAAUUUUCGUAAAUUUUUUUGAGUUUUAUAAAAAUUGUUUAAAUAAAUAUUAAUGCUGGAAUAUAAACAGAUUGGCAACAAAACAUAACUUUUGCAUUAAAUUAUAAAAAAAAAAGUGUAUGGUUAUUCAAUAAUUAACAACUUACGAAAUUUUUUUUUAUUAUUAUAAUGCAUUUUUUUUUAUUUAUUUGUAUAGUAAAAUAGUUAAUGCUAAGUAGCAUAUACAUAAGUUAUUUAUAGUAUAACUUUAUUUGAACUGUCUUUAUAUAUUUUUAGUAUAUAAUUCUUUAAUCGAUUAAGUAUAUUUUAAGUAAUGUUAUGACGGAUAUAAAGCUUUAAUUGUUAAUCUCCAGCAUUGCUUGUUCCUUUAUUAUUAAUUUAUGGUUUCGAUAAGAAUUAUCUAAAUUAAAUAAAUUGAGCUCUAAUACCAAAGAUUUAGUGAUUGUAAUAUGUUGUCAGCGGGAGCUCUUAAUGGAAAAAUUGCUGUAUUACAGUUUAAUAUUAUAAAUUUGCAUUUAUAUUUUAUUAAAUAUAGUAUAAUUUAUUGUUUCUGCAUGCCUUAAGUGCCUAUUUAAUACAUCUUUAAUAAUCAUAUUCUUGUAAUCAUCUUCCAAUAAACUCAUGCUUUUAAUUCAA